CCAUGGAAAUCUCACUGGGACAGACAGCUGUACAAGGCCGUGGAGUUCCAGUAUAAGAUGGGGCUUGAAUUCCUUAAUGAAAACCUGCCUGAGAUCAGAGUGGAUCUUAGAUACAGAUCAAGAAGGCAUUAGAGCUGUAUGUGCAACUGUGACAGAAGACUGGUGUGGUGGUUGUUGGUCCUAGCGGUUCUGGCAAGUCCACCUUGUGGCACAUUUUGAAGCUCGGACUUCACAAAUUGAAUAAGACGGUUAAGCACUACCAUGAACCCCAGGGCAAUGCCAAGGACUCAGUUGCUAGGUCAGAUUGACAUGGACACGAGAGAGUGGACCGAUGGUGUACUGACAUACAGUACCAGACAGGUGGUGAAAGAACCUCAGGAGGUUCAGUCUUGGAUUAUUUGUGAUGGAGACAUCGAUCCUGAAUGGAUCGAGUCCCUGAACUCUGUCCUUGAUGACAACUGUCUUCUCACCAUGCCAUCAGGAGAGCAUAUCCAGUUUGGACCGGAUGUCACAUUCCUGUUCGAGACACACGAUCUGAGCUGCGUGUCCCCGGCUACAAUCUCCAGAAUGGGUAUGAUCUUCCUGAGUGAUGAGGAUACAGAUGUGAAGGCAUUGAUACAUUCAUGGAUCAGUGAGGUACCGGAGUCAGAGCAGCAAGUCCUGGCUGGUUAUAUCGAGGACUACUUCUACAAGGCGCUUGACUGGGUCUUUAAACAGAAUGACUUUGUUGUGGAGACAAGCCUGGUUGGUGUGGUACUCAAUGGACUGUCACAUCUCAGUCAUGUGCGUAACAAGUCGCACUUUGCCAUCUGUCUUAUCAGAGGUCUGGGAGGAAACCUGAAUGAAGCAUCGAGGGAAAACUUUGCUAAGGAGGAGGAAGACAGGUAAAUGAGAACAUAGCUGUAAUUCCUCAGAUGAUGUUUGAUGUGCAGCAGCAUGGUCUCAAGAUUGUCAACAAGAACAGACCCCUCACCAGCUGUAUGGAGGAAUACAAAGAGAAAAUAUAUCAGUGUAUGGACAGCUCAAGAGAAACAGAUAUUUAAGGAGAAAUACCUGCAGCAUCAGAAAAACUUUCAA